AUGCUUGCUUCUCAACUUCCCUUUGAAAUUCUUGCUCACAUCGCAAGCUUCCUUUUGGUUAAUGAUAGAAUACCAUGCGUCCAGACCUGCAAAUCAUGGAAGACUCCCUUUGAAGAAUCAUUAUGGGAUACAGUCGAAAUAAGUAGCCGAUUAAAACUAUUUGCUGUCUGUAGUUCGGCAAAUCCUUCUCAGAACAUUUAUCAAAAGUACGGACAUCUUGUACGAAAACUUGACCUCUAUGGAAAUUUUAUCCUCAGCGACACUCAACUUUCAGUUAUCCAACAACGUUUUCCAAAUUUGCGCCACUUUAAGACCGGUAAAAAGAACAUCAGCAAGACCAGCUUUGGCAGGACCGCAGACUGGAAUUCUUGGACCUCCUUGACAAAACUGUGCGUCGACACAACUAGAUUGGGAUAUUCUCAUGCAGAAAAAAACGUUCUGGAAGUCCUAUCCUGUCUUCCUUCUCUCACUGAGUUAGAACUCGAGCAAUACAAUUGGGAAAAGAUUAUGAUCUUUGAGUUGAAAGAUUUUGAGACGCUUCAUAUGUACCUACCACGAAUAGAGCACCUGUCAAUCCAACUCAAAUUUGCAUCACUCACUCCAGAGCACCUAUCACAGAUGGAAAAGGCAACCCCGGCAAUAAGCUUAAAAUCAUUCAAACUUGGGUAUGGCAGCCUAGAUCUUCGAUGGAUCUGCUAUUUUGCCCGAAAGUACCCCAAUAUUCGCUUACUCGAAUGGGCUAUUAAUGAUGAUGAGGAUCUUGAAUACGAGCAUGAGGAUGAAACCAUGCGACUUUUAACCAGUCUUCCAUAUGUCUUUCCGCAUCUCAACACAGCGAGGAUGUACAGUUCCGGAAAUCCGGAUCAACUACAUCUUACAUUUUGGAAGCUUCUCCGUCCGUUCAACGUACCUAUCAAGGAUUUGAUCAACGAAUUCUGCUACCACAAAGACGAAAAAGCCAGACUUGAAAGAAAUAUCACAGAAUGUGUAAAUGCGGUAUCAGAAACAGUUGAAAUAUUCAAUGUCAUAGGCUAUGAUUUCAGAGAUCCACAGAUCAUAAGCACCGGUUUCAACAAUUGCUCUCGACUGGUCGAUUUGAAUAUCCACGAAUGCAACACCCAUAUUACUCUAAACAGCUUAUUGGACCAUUGUGUGUCUCUCAAAAGGCUAAGAUUUUCUUUGGGAUCUAUAUCCAUCAAGCAAAAAAAAAUUGAUUACUCAAUCACUCAUGGAUUGCGGAUACUGGACGUUACUGGAGCAACUGUCGAGUCUGAAACGUUUAACUACCUAUCGCUUAGAUGCCGCCAGCUCAACUACAUGCGUCUGAACGGUGUAAAUGUUACCGGAAUAGUCUAUCAAGAUACUGGGUGUCUCUGCCUUAAUAUGCCAUACACAGAUUUUAAGUUGUUGCAUAUACAUUGUGUUCAAUUUUAUCAACAAAGUGUGAAUAGCCUUCGAAAUUCCAAUCUCAAUUUGGUUUCCCUUUCUCUUUCGUCCUCAGUUGCCCAUAAUGACCAAACGAAGAUCAAGAACAGAUCAACAGAUAUUCGAUUAUACAAUAAUAUAUACUCGAGAUAUUUAGCAAGUUCAAUCUGGUUUCAUACAUUCUGCGAAGAUCUAACAAUCUAUAGAGGAAGGUCUAAAGUGAGAAUACUGGAAGAAGAAGAAGUCUCUUAUGCUUAUGAUUAUUAUCAUUCUGGUCACUUUCACGAUAGUAAGAAUACUGAAAGUAGUGAAGAAGUGUACAGAUCAAACGAAGGAAAUGUAGCUAUGGAUAAAUGGCAUCAAGACCUUCCAAGAGGCUAUGCUGAGCUGAAAUGUGAAUAUAUAGCCAAAUAUGAUCUGAGGCUUGAAAAAACCUACGAUGACAGAUUUUGGCAAAAUGUAUACAAUGGUUUGACAAAAUCGUAG